GGGGCGUGUCUUGGUGCGCAGGAGGUGAAGGAUUAGGGUGCAGCAGUGCAGCUCGAGCGUGAGUGGAGGAGGAUUGACAGCAGAUCCUUUGGGCCCUUUUUUGCAGAAAUCCUCUGUCGGAACACAGCCACACAAUGGGAAAGAAGAGUCGAGUGAAGACUCAGAAGUCUGGGACAGGAGCCACGGCGGUGGUUUCCCCCAAAGAGAUGAUGAACCUGAUCUCAGAACUCCUGCAGAAAUGCAGCAGUGCAGCUCCUUCAGCAGGGAAAGAGUGGGAGGAAUACGUACAGAUCCGAGCUCUGGUGGAGAAGAUCCGCAAGAAACAGAAAGGGGUCUCUGUGGUGUUUGAGGGCAGCAGGGAGGAUUAUUUCCCUGAACUGAUGUCCUGGGCUGCAGAAUGCGGCGCGUCGUGUGAUGGGUUUGAGAUCAGCAGCUUUGCAGAUGAAGGAUAUGGUCUUAAAGCCACCAGAGAUAUCAAGGCAGAGGAGCUGUUUCUGUGGAUCCCCAGGAAGAUGCUGAUGACGGUAGAAUCAGCUAAAAACUCUGUUCUUGGUCCGUUGUACAGUCAGGACCGGAUUCUGCAGGCCAUGGGGAACGUCACCCUGGCCCUCCACCUGCUCUGUGAACGGGCGAACCCCGCCUCCCCCUGGCUGCCCUACAUCAAGACCCUGCCCAGCGACUAUGACACACCUUUAUACUUCGAGGAGGAGGAAGUGCACCACCUGCUGGCCACCCAGGCCAUUCAGGACAUGCUGAGCCAGUACAAGAACACAGCGCGCCAGUAUGCUUACUUCUACAAAGUCAUCCAUACUCAUCCCAACGCCAGCAAACUGCCCCUGAAGGAUGCUUUCACCUUCGACGACUACAGAUGGGCUGUAUCUUCUGUGAUGACCCGCCAGAACCAGAUCCCCACAGAGGACGGCAGCCGGGUCACCCUGGCUCUGAUCCCACUGUGGGACAUGUGCAACCACACCAAUGGCCUGAUUACGACCGGCUAUAAUCUGGAAGAUGACAGGUGUGAGUGUGUUGCUCUGCAGGACUAUAAGGAGAAUGAGCAGAUCUACAUAUUCUACGGUACGAGAUCCAACGCUGAGUUCGUGAUCCACAACGGCUUCUUUUUUGAGGACAACGCACACGACCGGGUGAAGAUCAAACUGGGCGUCAGUAAGAGCGAGAGACUGUACGCCAUGAAGGCUGAAGUUCUGGCCCGCGCUGGAAUUCCUGCGUCCAGCAUCUUUGCCCUGCACUGCAGUGAGCCGCCCAUAUCCGCACAGCUCCUGGCCUUCCUGAGGGUCUUCUGUAUGACUGAAGAGGAGCUGAAGGACUACCUGGUGGGUGAUCAUGCCAUCAACAAGAUCUUCACUCUGGGGAACACAGAAUUCCCUGUCAGCUGGGAGAACGAGAUCAAGCUGUGGACCUUCCUGGAGACGAGAGCCACUCUGCUCCUCAAAACGUACAAAACCACAUCAGAGGAGGAUCGCUCCAUCCUGCAGAAGCCGGACCUCUCCCUGCACUCCCGUGUGGCCGUAAAGCUGAGACUCGCCGAGAAGGAGAUCCUGGAGCGCGCCGUGUCCAGCGGCCGCAACAAGCGCCUGCACUUCCAGAAGCAGCUGGAGGAGGGCUCUCCGCUGCCUCUGUACGAAGAGAGCGACAUUGCGCUUCUGGAGAACGCAGACGCCAAGCUGCCUAUCAUCCUGCGCAAGCUGGACGAGGAGGACGAGCACGCGGCCGAGGCCCACAACGCCCUGCUGGAAUCCGCACAGACUCCGCCUCCGCCGCUGCCGCUGCUCCUCAACGGCCAGAGCAAGGAGGAGGUCAACGGCAACCUGGAGGAGGAGGAGGAGGACGGCGGCAAGCGACUGCAAGCGACCGCAAAGGGAAAAGAGGAGGCUAGCUCACAGCGGGAGGAGCCGAGCAGCCAGCGAACUGAAGACGCGUCCAAAGAUAAAGGAGAAUAGUGAAUUGGGAGCUUGGCGCGGCCGUUGUUUAUUACGCUACUUAUUUAUUUUUUUUUCCGUUUUAAGUGACUGGCAAUUAGGAGUCAAAGCAAUUGACAGGAAAAAAAAGAGACUAAAAUGGCAGAAGAUUUUGUUUUGUUUGGUUUAUUGACUCAUUAAUGGCUCAUUUUUGGGUUUUUAAAUGUGCGCUAAAGCAUUAGCAUUCUUUAGCAUUGCUAAUAGAAGCCUUCUAGAGGAGCUUUAUGGAGAACAGAGAACAAACUGCUGUUUUGUCCCAUGUUAUUUGUGCUUUUCGAGGUUUUUCGAGUUUUUUUUUAUGUUUUUACAGUGACGCACUGAUGAUUUAUGUUUAGUUGAGUUUUUGUUUGAAGCAGAUCCUAUCUUAUCAUGUCCGUUCUUAAAGAGGAAUGCGUUGAAUGUUCGAGGAUCUGAUUUGAGAACAGAGAGACGGGAAGCGUAAAAAAUCAGGAUUCAGAUGUUCAGUUAAUUCAGGACUUUGCCUAGUUGACUUUAAAGGUGUUUCAGGUGUGUGGUUUUUUUUCUUCUUUUCUUUUGCUUCUUUUUUUUUUCAGUUCCUUGCGUCUAAAACACUGCCUGCCUGCCUGACUCGCUCUGCUCUAACGGAGGCCAGCGUUUACUUUAAUUACUGUAGGCUACGCCAGGAAAGUGCUCGAUGUGUUGACGUGUUGCUAGACAAUCAUUUUCCGCUCAUGUUUUUUGCAUUGAUCUGUUGUAGAAGCCUCCUGCUCCUGCGCUGCUCUCUGCUAAUAUUACCUGUGGAGUCCUGGCAUUUCCGAAAAGGACGUUCGCCCAGAAAUAGAUGAUAGAUUCUCAUUUUUUUUUUUGCACUUUGGGAACAGUCAGUAUAUUUUUCAAAGUGAUAUCCUCCACACAAACACAGGUAAAGGUGCAACAGAAGGGGUUCUUUGAGAGAUUGUACAGUGCAGAGGUUCUUAAACCAGUCUUUCUGUAUCUUCUGGAUGGUCCAGGGUGCAUUUAACUCUUUUCUACUGCACCGUUUUCAUGUAUGGUUGGACAAUAAUUCAAUAUCAAUGUAUAUUGCAAUAGAAAAAUGUUUUAAUAGUGGUGAUAAGCAUCUGUCACUGACAUUCAUUACACGAUUCAUGGCGCAAAUCUCUUUUGGACGUUCUCUGCAGCUUCUCUGUUUUUUUUGCAGCUCUUAUAUUGUUUAAAAGAAUUUUGAAAUGAUACUGUGUUGAAUUAAAUUAAGAAAUACAGUAGUAAUGUUGGGCAAGGCCUGUAGUGAUUUGGGACAAGGCCCUUAACCAGAGUGCUAACACUGUGGUAGUGAUGCUGAACAAGGCCAUUAGCCAGCAUGCUAAUCUCACUAUAGUGAUGUUGCACAAGGCUCAUUACCAGAGUGCUAACACUGUGGUAGUGAUGUUGAACAAGGUCGAUAGCCAACAUGCUAAUGCCACUAUAGUGAUGUUGCACAAGGCUUGUAACAAGCUUGCUAACACUGUGGUAGCGAUGCUGAAUAAAGCCAUUAGCCAGCAUGCUAACACUGUGGUAGUGAUGCUGAACAAAGCCAUUAGCCAGCAUGCUAACACUGUGGUAGUGAUGCUGAACAAAGCCAUUAGCCAGCGUGCUAACACUGUGGUAGUGAUGCUGAACAAGGCCGAUUGUCAACAUGCUAAAGCCACAGUAGUGAUGUUGCACAAGGCCCAUUGCCACAGUGCUAACACUGUGGUAGUGAUGUUGAACAAGGUCGAUAGCCAACAUGCUAAUGCCACUAUAGCAAUGUUGCACAAGGCUUGUAACAAGCGUGCUAACACUGUGGUAGUAAUACUAAACAAAGCCAUUAGCCAGCAUGCUAACACAGUGGUAGUUAUGCUGAACUAGGCUGAUAGUCAGCAUGCUAAAGCCACAGGAGAGAUGUUCCACAAGGUUUGAAACCAGAGGGCUAAUACUGUGGUAGUGAUGCUGAACAAGGUCAAUAGCCAGCAUGCUAAAGCCACAGUAUCGGCCUUGUUCAGCAUCACUACCACAGUGUUAGCACUCUAAACAAGGCUGAUAGCCAACAUGCUAAAACCACAGUAGUGAUGUUGCACAAGACCCAUUGCCAGCGUGCUAACACUGUGGUAGUAAUGCUGAACAAGGCCAGUAGCCAACAUGCUAAAGCCACAGUAGGGAUGUUGCACAAGACCCGUAACUAGCGUGCUAACACUGUGGUAGUGAUGCGGAACAAGGCUGGUAACUUGAGUGAAAACUACAGUUUUACAGCAUUUAGUAUUUAAUUAGUUUACUCAGUUUCAAAGAACCCUAACAAACGAUUGGAGGAAAUUAAAACCGUUACCAGUCUGAUGACUGGCGCAGAGCGGUUCAACAUGCAUUAGUAACGAUUUGGCCCUGCAGUGGAAAAGAGGCAAAUGUGUUUCUAGUUGGACCAUCUGUAUUGUGUCUAAAGAACCACUCGUUUUAGAACCACUGCUAUAGAAGAACCAUCAAUCAGCCAUAACAUUAAAACCACCUGCCUUUUAUUGAAUAAUGUCAAUAUUUUUUGUUUGCGAUACGUUAUCGAUAUAUUUGAGUCGUUGACACACUCCUCAAGACCUGUAAUAUGACUUAGUAAAGUUACUGCUUCAUUACUCCACAUGGUGGCGCUAAUCUGAUGAUAAAGGUAACAUAUUUUUUGCACCUAAAAUCCUUCAAUUUUGUAUGUAUGAAUUUUACCAGUUUGCUUGUAAGGAGCAGUAAAGCCACUCCACUGAAAUUUUAGUUAAGUUGGAGCUGGAGCAGCAUUAGCAUUAGCCGCUAACUGCCAUUCAGGGGUAAAUAUUAUCGGCCUGUAGCCUGCCGCUAACCCCGAUAAUACUCAUCUGUGAAAGGCGAAAGAGCUAGUGCUUAGCGGCUAAUGAUAACCCUGCUCCAUAGCAGGGCUCCUUAGCAUUAGCCGCUAAGCACUAGCUCUUUCGCCAUUCACGUUGAGUAUAUUGGUCUGUAGUCUGUAGUAAUAUCUAAUAUCGCCCUGACUUUCUGGAACACUUAUGGUUUCUAAGUGUACCGCUGUUGUGCGGCAUUAGCCUAGUUCUAGCAGUUAGCAGCUAAUGCUAAUGCUCCAGCCUUAGUGCUGGAGAAAUUUUGGAAUCUAAGCUUACUGUAAAUAAACAGAAGCGAUUUGCAGUUUAGUUUUUUUUUAACUUAGCUUUUCUUAACUUAGUUAACCUACCCCACGACCACCACCCAGCGGUGAGACCUGCUGAAUUAGAAGGAAAACAUGGCGACACCCCUGUUCCUUACUAGUGUCUCAUAAUUUAGCUUAUAAUCUGGUGCAUUUUAUAGUCUGAAAAAUACGAAAAACCUGCGGUAAAGAAUAUUGGUUGUGACAUUCUGUGAAAUUGAUACUAAUAAAUCUAUAAUUCCUGGUAUUUUAUUAUUUAGGAGUAUUUUAUCCUCUUCAGUAACACAGAUAUAUGUGAUAUAUUGAGUAUCGCAGAAUCACAGUAUCGUGAUAUCAUCGUUAUCGUCGGUAAUGUAUCAUGAUGAUAUUGCAACUACUUUUCCCUCACUGCCUAAUAUUCUCACUUAUUGAAAUGUGCUGCUGCAUCCAAGUGAUCAAUGAUUUUCACUUCCUGUCUUUUUUUUUUGUUAUAUAGUGGUUUUAAUGUUAUGGCUUGCUGAUGUCUGAAAGUUCUGGGUCAGUUUAAGGAUUCUUUCUAAAUCUUUUAUAAAAUAUAAAAUAUAAAGGUGGUUUAUGCUUUGAAAGGGUCCAUCCUCAUUCUCAUUGGACAGUUUUCUGUAUGUGGUUCUUCUCUGUGCUUUGGAUAAAGAAAACCCCCUUCAGCACCAUUACGUUUCCUGUUUUGAUCAUUUGAAGCACUAUAAUAAUGAAUUAAACCUCAGUAGAAUUGAACCCCAGUCCACAUGAUGAUGUGGUAGCUCACUGGCACCCCACCACACCAACCACAUCCCUAUCGAGAUACAUGUUUUUAUUUUUGUUGGAUAAUGCUAAAGAUUCUUGAUAUUCUUGUAUAGGGGUUGGACUAUGAAACUGAAACACCUGUCAUUUUAGUGUGGGAGGUUUCAUGGAUAAAUUGGAGCAGCCUGGUGUUCAAUCUUCAUUAAUUGCACAUUGCACCAGUAAGAGCAGAGUGUGAAGGUUCAAUUAGCAGGGUAAGAGCACAGUUCUGCUCUAAAUAUUGCAAUGCACACAACAUUAUGGGUGACAUACCAGAGUUCAAAAGAGGACAAAUUGUUGGUGCACGUCUUGCUGGAGCAUCUGUGACCAAGACAGCAAGUCUUAGUGAUGCAUCAAGAGCCACGGUAUCCAGGGUAAUGUCAGCAUACCACCAAGAAGGACCAACCACAUCCAACAGGAUUAACUGUGGACGCUGUAAGAGGAAGCUGUCUGAAAGGGAUGUUUGGGUGCUAACCCGGAUUGUAUCCAAAAACAUAAAACCACGGCUGAUCAAAUCACGGCAGAAUUCCUCAAAUGUGCACCUCAACUCUCCUGUUUCCACCAGAACUGUCCGUCACCACAAUCAAUUAUUGUGCUCUAAAACCAGGUGUUUUUUAGUUUCAUUGUCCAACCCCUGUAAGUUACUGCUGCUUAUAGCUUUAAAUACCUUUUUUAAACUUAAAAACUGUUAUCAAGGCACAAAAAAGUAGUGGUCGGGUUCGGUCAGUGGCAGCAGAUUGUGUUGGAAAAUGUCCAGAAUUGAAGAGUCCAGGAUUAAAGUCGCUCACAGUUUUCACCUGA